AUGAUUCGCGACCUGAGCAAGAUGUACCCGCAGAGCCGGCACCCGGCGCCGCACCAGCCAGCGCAGCCCUUUAAAUUCACCAUCUCCGAGUCCUGCGACCGCAUCAAGGAGGAGUUCCAGUUCCUGCAGGCGCAGUACCACAGUUUAAAGCUAGAAUGUGAAAAGCUGGCCAGUGAGAAGACAGAGAUGCAGCGACAUUAUGUCAUGUAUUACGAGAUGUCCUAUGGGCUGAAUAUAGAGAUGCAUAAGCAGGCAGAAAUCGUCAAAAGGCUGAAUGCUAUAUGUGCGCAAGUCAUUCCCUUCCUGUCCCAAGAGCAUCAGCAACAAGUGGUGCAGGCUGUGGAACGUGCCAAGCAAGUCACCAUGGCAGAGCUGAACGCAAUCAUUGGGCAGCAACAACUCCAGGCUCAGCAUUUGUCGCAUGGACAUGGUCUCCCCGUGCCUCUCACCCCGCAUCCCUCUGGCUUGCAGCCUCCCACCAUCCCACCCAUUGGCAGCAGCGCUGGCCUCCUCGCACUGUCCAGUGCUCUGGGCGGGCAGUCUCACCUACCGAUUAAAGACGAAAAGAAGCACCACGAAAACGAUCACCAAAGAGACAGAGACUCCAUCAAGAGCUCUUCUGUAUCUCCAUCAGCCAGUUUCAGAACAGCAGAAAAGCACAGAAACUCAACAGAUUAUUCUUCAGACAGUAAAAAACAGAAAACAGAAGAGAAGGAAAUAGCAGCUCGUUAUGACAGUGAUGGUGAAAAGAGUGAUGACAACUUGGUAGUUGAUGUUUCCAAUGAGGAUCCUUCCUCUCCUCGGGGAAGCCCAGCACACUCUCCACGGGAGAAUGGCUUGGAUAAGACUCGACUGCUGAAGAAAGAUGCACCAAUUAGUCCAGCAUCUAUUGCGUCCUCCAGCAGUACUCCUUCCUCCAAAUCCAAAGAACUUAGCCUUAAUGAGAAGUCUACUACACCUGUAUCUAAAUCAAAUACCCCAACUCCACGGACUGAUGCUCCAACUCCAGGCAGCAAUUCCACUCCUGGAUUGAGGCCUGUGCCUGGCAAGCCCCCAAGUGUUGACCCACUAGCUUCAGGUUUAAGGACACCUAUGGCAGUGCCGUGUCCUUACCCUACUCCUUUUGGAAUUGUGCCACAUGCUGGUAUGAAUGGUGAGCUGACCAGCCCUGGAGCUGCCUAUGCUGGUCUACACAACAUUUCCCCCCAAAUGAGUGCAGCAGCCGCAGCAGCAGCAGCAGCUGCAGCUUAUGGGAGAUCUCCAGUGGUUGGUUUUGAUCCUCAUCAUCAUAUGCGAGUUCCAGGCAUCCCUCCCAACCUCACAGGCAUCCCAGGAGGAAAACCAGCAUAUUCAUUUCAUGUAAGCGCCGAUGGUCAGAUGCAGCCUGUACCUUUCCCUCCUGACGCCCUCAUCGGUCCAGGAAUCCCUCGCCAUGCCCGUCAGAUCAACACCCUGAACCAUGGGGAAGUUGUGUGUGCAGUUACUAUCAGCAACCCCACGAGACACGUGUACACAGGUGGGAAGGGAUGCGUCAAAGUCUGGGAUAUCAGCCACCCUGGCAACAAGAGCCCUGUCUCUCAGCUGGACUGCCUGAACAGAGAUAACUACAUCCGUUCCUGCAGAUUGCUCCCAGACGGCCGCACCCUGAUUGUUGGUGGGGAAGCCAGUACAUUAUCCAUUUGGGACCUGGCAGCUCCAACUCCCCGGAUUAAGGCAGAGCUGACAUCUUCUGCUCCGGCUUGCUAUGCUCUAGCUAUCAGUCCCGAUUCCAAGGUCUGCUUCUCUUGUUGCAGUGAUGGCAACAUUGCAGUCUGGGAUCUGCAUAACCAGACUCUAGUAAGGCAAUUUCAGGGCCACACAGAUGGAGCCAGCUGUAUUGAUAUUUCUAAUGAUGGCACUAAACUCUGGACAGGAGGCUUGGAUAAUACAGUCAGAUCCUGGGAUCUCAGAGAAGGAAGACAGCUACAACAACAUGACUUUACAUCACAGAUCUUCUCACUGGGCUAUUGUCCAACUGGUGAAUGGUUAGCAGUAGGAAUGGAAAAUAGUAACGUUGAGGUGCUUCAUGUUACUAAACCGGACAAGUAUCAGCUGCAUCUUCAUGAGAGCUGUGUGUUGUCACUCAAAUUUGCUCACUGUGGCAAAUGGUUUGUAAGCACUGGAAAAGAUAACCUUCUCAAUGCCUGGAGAACACCUUAUGGAGCCAGUAUAUUCCAGUCCAAAGAAUCCUCAUCUGUGCUUAGCUGUGAUAUUUCUGUGGAUGACAAAUACAUCGUCACUGGCUCUGGGGAUAAGAAGGCUACGGUCUACGAAGUUAUUUAUUAGAGACACAUCUGAAUACAGACAGGACUCCUUCUCGUAGCACUUUGCUGUAUAUUCCGUUCUUUCUUUCUUUUCCUUUUCCU